GUGAUGUAGUCAGCUUUUCCAGGAAAAUAAACUCACAGCUGCUCCAAGAUGGCUCCUCAGUCCGCUUUCCGAGUGGCGCUCCUGGUGUCCUUCUCGGUUCUCCUCACCGUGGUGCUGGGCUUCGGGCUCCCCGCUCUCCUCAACGCCAUCAUGAGGUUGCUGGGACUGCCAGAAACGAGCGUGACCGAGUGCAUCGUCGUGAUCUACGCGACUUUUGUACUGUAUGUCGCGACCCCUCGAAUCCCAAGGGGAUCGGUUGAGGUCCAAGGAAAAGCCGUGCUUAUUACAGGUUGUGAUACUGGGUUCGGUCUUUCACUUGCGAAACAUCUGCACACGCUCGGUUACACAGUCUUUGCUGGGUGUCUACUAAAGGACAAAGAUGGAGAGGGUGCCAAGGAGCUUGAGGAAUUUCAUUCAGAACGCAUGAAGGUGGUGCAGCUUGACGUCUGCAGUGAUGACCAGGUGAAAAAGGCAGUUGAAUACAUCAAAGGCAAUCUGGAAGACUCACAAAGAGGUCUGUGGGCUGUGGUGAACAAUGCUGGGGUGUCGACCUUCGGAGAGGUGGAGUUCACCUCCAUGGACACUUACAGGCAGCUGUCGGAGGUCAAUCUAUGGGGCACCAUCAGGGUCACCAAAGCUGUACUGCCAUUAAUCCGCAAAGCAAAAGGCCGUGUUGUGAACAUCGCCAGCAUGUACGGCAGGAUGGGCAACCGGCUGCGAUCUCCUUACUGCGUGUCGAAGUACGGCGUGGAGGCCUUCUCCGACUGUCUGCGCUACGAGAUGAAGACCUGGGGAGUGAAAGUGUCCGUCAUCGAGCCGGGGAACUACAUCGUGGCCACCGGCAUCCUCACCCGAGACAUCGUGGCCACCACAGCCAACAAGCUGUGGAACGAGGCCCCUGCCGAGGUGAAGGACGACUACGGGAAAAGCCACUUUGAGCAGUACAUGGCACUGAUGCGCUCUUACUGCAACAGUGGCGAGAAGGACAUGACUCCGGUUCUGGAUGACAUCGCAGACGCCAUCGGGUCAAAGCGUCCGUACACGCGGUACAGCCCCAUGGAGCCACACUGGUGGAUCAGGAUGCAGGUGAUGACCCACCUGCCUGGCGCGUUAUCCGACUUGCUCUACUUCUAAAAGUGAAGUUUUAGCUUCCUCUCUAUCUCCUAUUUCACAAUAGAUCAGUCAGAGUUCACCCAACGUAGGGUUUCUGAUUCCUCAGCACCUGAAAUCGUUCACUGAUUAAGCCUCAAUACUUUUUAAUGUUUUAAACUGUAAGUAAAUAGCUGCAGUUUACGUUUUAAUAUGUCUGGCUUAGACUAUGUAUUCAGAUCUAUUCUCAGUCAUUUGUUUUUCUCAUCAGAGUUGCAUCAUUCUUAUAGCUACCAAUAACGCACUUUUAUUGCUUGCUGUGAUAUUAUCUAAAACAACUUUGAGCAUGUUCCUUUUUAUCUUUUAUUUACCAUGAUACUUUGCAAUGUUUUCCCUCAUGCAACUCGUUGGGGAGGUUGAGGGGGACGAGGGGGGCUAUGGCAUGAAGACAAAGCGAGCUUGAAAGGGCUCCUGCUGUUCUGUUGUCGGAACAGACCGGGGCCGGACUUUGAGGGCCGCUGUGAUGUUUGCCCCAGAGUUAUGUAACAGCCACACAAACUCACUUCGUCCCACAUGCGCCAUGAAAACCAGCAUACUACUUCACACAGAAGGGAUUAAUGAGGGUACUUGGAAGAAGAAGAAAUGUUGUUGGACCACCCCUGUCUUUGUGAGUGAAAUGUUAUGCAAUAUAUUGAAUUAUGCAAAUGAACAGAGUGAUUUAUUUUAAAGUACUACAGUCAGUGUCAUUUUUCAAAACCUGACUAAAUAAACCAAAAGUCAUGAGUAA